UGGAAAUAUGGUUUAGUUGAGAUUGAUGUAAAAUAUUUAUAAAUUUGUAAUAAACAGAAUAGGCAAAAAUAGGUUUGAAUCGUACGCGGUGGAUUUGACAGUGAAGAAAUGAAGGGGAAAGAGGAUAAGAGGUCCGUGGAAGGAGCGCGUGGCCAGGGAUGUCAAAGGAGGAAGAUGUCAUAUUCGGUAGGACGUAGCUACUUGGAAUCCGUCGACCAAUGGGUGAGUGCAUAUACGUAACCCACAGUAGUUGUGACGUAGCAGAGUGCGUAACUGCCGUUGACGUUAGGGUCUUCGCAAUCUCCCCCACGAUAUAACCACCCCUCUGCCCCAAGGGCCACUUCCCCCGCUCUCUCCUCUUUCUCUCUCCUCUCUUUCUUUUUGUUCUCUCUCUGUUGUCUGUAUUGUUGCCAUGCACCAAGCACUUCCGUACCGGACAUGGGUUCCGACCACCGGCGGCGGAAGCUCCGCCGGACCGUCAAGCGCGACAAUUGAGCCGAGUGACGGCCCCAUGAACCCUGGAGUGGGAAUGAAGGAUGUGACUUGUGUGACGAAAAUGGUGUCAGAGAACGCAGUGAUUGUGUUCGGGAGACGUGGGUGUUGCAUGUGCCAUGUGGUGAUGCGGCUGCUGUUGGGUCUGGGUGUGAACCCUACUGUGUUCGAGGUUGACGAGGAGGAUGAAGCCGCCGUGGUCGACGAAUUGUCGAGAGUGAUCGCCGGCGAGGAUGCGAAAGAAGGCCGGCCGCAGUUCCCGGCGGUGUUCAUGGGAGGGCAGCUGUUUGGAGGGCUGGAGAGAGUGAUGGCCACUCACAUCUCCGGUGAAUUGGUACCCAUCUUGAAAAAGGCUGGCGCUCUCUGGCUUUGAUUUCAGUUUCACCGGUUUCUUCUCAUCUGUUUUUGGUGAGGGGAAUGCAGAAUUUUGUUUUUGUUUCUUGUGUUUUUUGGAAUUGGAAAAUCGCUUUGAUAACACAGCAAAAGCUUUGGAAGCAUUGAGACGGUGUAAUAUUUGAUUUUGACCGUGUGCUUGUCACUUUGUUUCUCAAAUAUAUCAUCAAAUUAUAUCCCUUUGUUGCGA